AACUUCUUCUCCUCUUAUCACCACCGCGCGCGCGCCAACCACGAUGGCGUCGGCAGCGGUCCGAUUCGUCGCAGGCACCAAGAAAUCUUCUUUGGGAACUCUGUAUCUUCAAUGCCACGUAAAGCCCGGCGCGUCAAGGGUUCGCGAGGGGGUCACGGCUGUGACUGAGGGGGCUGUGGAGAUGUGCGUCGCUGCGCAAGCACGAGAAGGCGAGGCGAACAAAGCCGUCAUCAAGCUGCUGAGCGAGGUCCUAGGACUUCCGAAGUCUGAUUUAACCAUCACCCAGGGACUGAAGUCUCGUGACAAGACCGUGGCUGUUAGCAUCGUCCAAAAUCCGACAGACAUCAUGGCAAGGGUGACUGAACAGCUCCAAAAAGCUGCAAAUGGAGGAUAGCUUUCAAGCUUGGGGAAUAAGCGGAGGGUACCUACCUACUUCAACAAGGAUGACAAGUCGCGACAUGACCAAGGUGUUGUACGAUGCCCCAAUCCCUGAUGGAUUCAGUCAUUUAAAUGAUUUAUCGAAGUUGUUUCCCUGCGUGUUUCUCAU